AUGGAGCAGGGCUACCUGAGUGUACCUGCAGAUCCAGAGUCCCAGAGGAAGAGGACGGUACAGAACGUCCUGGACCUUCGACAGAAUCUGGAAGAGACCAUGUCCAGCCUGCGAGGCUCCCAGGUGACUCACAGCUCCCUGGAGAUGACCUGCUAUGACAGCGAUGACGCCAACCCUCGCAGUGUGUCCAGCCUCUCCAACCGCUCCUCCCCUCUCUCUUGGCGCUAUGGCCAGUCCAGCCCAAGGCUGCAGGCUGGUGAUGCGCCCUCGGUGGGUGGAAGCUGCCGUUCGGAGGGGCCACCCGCCUGGUACAUGCAUGGGGAGCGAGUCCACUACUCCCACACCAUGCCCAUGCGAAGCCCCAGCAAGCUCAGCCACAUCUCCCGCCUGGAGCUGGUCGAGUCCCUGGACUCAGAUGAGGUGGACCUCAAGUCUGGCUAUAUGAGCGACAGUGACCUCAUGGGCAAGACCAUGACAGAGGAUGAUGACAUCACUACUGGGUGAGCACAGGGGCCCUUGGGUAUCUGGGGCAAGAGGCUGGGAGGACAGUGGAAAACAGUAAUGUGGAACACCUUGAAAGUGGGAGUUAAAUUCCAAAUGAAUAUGACAAAAGGGAUUUGUGUAUAGUUUCUGACUGUCUCUGCAUCUGGUGUGAUGUGUUCUAGACUUGGCUAUAGUGGGUGGAGCCACAUCUGAAGAGUUACUUGGUCAAUGAAGGUACCUUUCUCUCAUUGGCCUCUGUGGCUGUCAUUCUGUGAUAUGCCCAAAAAUGGCUAAAGAGCCUUGGAAAACCAUUUCAGUCACAGUUCCUUUGUGACUUCCUCUUCCUCUGUGCUUCCCCAUUUGCAAAAAGAGGUUAAUAUACCAUAUCCUACUGAGGUUGAUAAUACCAUAUCUUGCCUGCUGUGAUGAGCAAAUGAGAGUGAGUUGAUGAAAGUGCAAAUCAAACAGAAAGUGGGGUGAUAUCUUUGCUCUCUCUGCCAGGGGUUCCCAUUAUGCUGGUCUCUAAUCUUGCCCCACUGGCCCCUGGUCUCUACUCCUUGGGUUACUGCUUUUGCAAACGUUCUACCACUAACACAAUGUCCUCAUCUCUACCCCCAGUCUAUUGGACCCUUCUUUCCUGCCCUUUGCCCCACAGGGACCCUCACCUUCUGCUGUAGUUGAAGAUAUUGGGCCUGUGGAGAUAACUUGGACAGAAGUGGCAGUCUGGGAAAUAAGGGGAGAUGAUAGGAAGAAAGAACUGUUAGAGGCUCUGUGGGUCCUGGCAACUGUUUUAAACCCUGAGACCAGAGAACCACAGUGGUUCUGGAAGCUUCUCUGGGAUGUCUCUCUGCUGACUGCCACAUCCAUCUUCUUUCUUGGUUGAUUGGGACCCCUAAGGGCCCACACAAGAAGCAGCAGCACCCCUCCCUACCUCUCAGGGUCUUAUAGACUACUACCAGGGACUGCCCCUCCCCAGUAAAAAUCUCUGGCUUGAGGAAAGCAGUCUCUUGAAAAAGACUGCAAGCCAAGCUCCAGGCCAUCCCACCCCACCCCUGAGGAUAAACUUGGCGGGGUCUGGUCAAGUCCUGUCCAGCUGAUGAGGCUGCUCUGGAGCAAAACCAACUGACGCAUGAAUGGGUUGUUUACUGACUGGUUAAUCCCAGGGGCAGCCCAACCUCACGCUCAGAUCCGCCAGCCUGGAGCUGGAACCAGAGACAAGCCAUCCAGCACACAGGCACUGAGCAGCUGCUGUGGUCAGAGCCCUGUGCAGGACAGGAGGGAGGGUGUCGGAGGAGUCCCUUAUAGCCUGUGCCCCAGGAAGCGCCUCUGAGGAGGUGUCAGGUCCCUGCCCCUUGAGAGUCCCAGCCAGACAAGGCAAGGGGAACUCCAAGAUCUGUGGGAUGGAAAAGUUCCCUGUGUGUUGGAGGGACCAUGGCCCCAGUUCUAGGGAGACCCUAGACUGGGGAACCUCCCCACUGCUCUGAGAGCCCCUCCCCUCACAAUGUCCUUGGCAGAAAAUUCCUCAAGUGUUGGAAGACAUGAGAUGCCUCCCCUGGAGGGGACCCACCCUGAGGAAGGCCACAGGACUUCUAGACUUAGCUAGCUGUGUGAACUUGGGCAAGGUAGUUGACUCCUCAGGCUUCAAUUUGUCUAUCUGCUAAAUGCAGAUGCUACUAGAACAAUCUCAGGGUCCUUGUGAGGAUUGACAGAAUUAAUAUGUAAAAAAGGGAGACUCUGGAGAGUCCCAGACCAUGCGGGAGGCAGUGCUCUUGCCCUCGGGGAGGGUAUAGU